UACAGGAUGACAUUCUUGAUGAUGAUACAGCUUUCACAACAGAAUGGGACCUGAAGGUCGCUCAGAAAAAGAAACGUUGGGCACAGAAAGAGGCUCUAGUGCGAGAAGAAAUGAAAAAGGCAAAAUUGUCACCAGGUCUGGCUGACUAUGGGGCCUACAGAUCCACCUCUCAGGAGAAGAAACAAGCUCAGCAGAUUUUUACCAGCUCUGCUGCCUCAGGAAUCUUGACAAAUGAUCUUGUGAGGAUAAUGGAGGAAGAACAGGACAAAGGCUUCUCAGCAGAACCCGUAGAUGACAACAUCUACAUGUGGAAAGUGAAGCUGUUUAAUUUUGAGCCAAACAGUGAUGUUGAUAAUGACUUGAAGGAAAUAGAGACAAAAUAUGGUUACAAUUAUAUUGAACUGGAGUUGACAUUUGACAUUGAUCUGUACCCAUUUUUCCCACCAUUGGUCAAGGUCAUCCGGCCCAGAUUACAGGGCGCCCUCAUGCAGCGAGUAACAAACAUGGAGAUGCUGAAACUGUCUUACUGGAGCCCCACCAAGGACAUGAGAUCUGUUAUUCAUGAUGUCAAACAUUUCCUGCAGCAGUGGGCAAGGUUGGAAAUGAACAGUGAAAGAAAUGACCCAAAGAAGUAUCCCCAGGGGUCCUACGUUGGGAUGGAGCAUCAUCUACUGAGAUUAGCCCUGGUGAGUGAGGUGAACCCACGAGCCAAUCUCAGAUAUCAGAUGGAUGCAGAUGCACUGUCAGACUUAAAGCCCAUGUCACCACCCAAGAUCAAGAGGAAUCUAAAGGAAUCUAAGGUUGAAUAUUGGGCAGCUGGUGUUGGUUUUGGGCACAAUCAAAGACCAGAAUGGGAUAUCAACGCCUACCUAGCAGCUCAGAUAGAGAAGGAUAAACAGAUUGAGGCUGUCUUGCAUCAGAUAUUGCAGAACUUGCGCAUCCUAUAUGCACACCACGCCCCUCAACUUAAGCCCCGCCCAGUCAGGGCAGGGCAAGGGGAUGCAGCUAUGGAAGUGAGCACGAGUGUGGACCCCGUGGAAGACAUGUUCAACAUUUUGGAAAGCUCGGCCCUCAUCCCAUUUAUAGAGCAAUAUCUACAAGCGGAUUCCUUCUUAGAAAUAGCCAGACAUAAGGUUGUAUAUAAAGCAAUUAUUGAUAUUUUAAAAGAAAUAGCCAUGCAGUCACAACUGGUGAGGUUAGUGUGUGCCUUGCCUUCCCAGCAUCAGUCCAUAUACCAGCUCUUGGAGAGGAUAGAGGAAAAGGCCAGCAUUAUCCUGCAGCAUAUUGGCAAAGUUGGAAAUGGUAGCGUUCCUAAACCUCAGCUGAGUCCACUGGAGGAUGAGCCAGAUUGUGUACACCCAGGUCUCCAGAGUGUGCAUAAAGUCAGUGAUAUGAACACCUCUACAGCCCCACCCCACAGUUCUCAGCUGACAGAGGAGAGACUAGCCAGGGAUUUUGCCACGUUAUUUAAAGAUGUCAAAGACUCCUUGAAAAGGAAUGGUAUAUCAGAGAAAGCAAAGGAACCUGUAGAAUCGUCGCCAGACUCGUCUUUAACUGUAGAUGUGAUGAUCCACAAUGACGAGGAGGCAUUGCUGGAAGCCAAAUAUAAGCGAUUGCUGAAAGAUUUGGUCUUAGAUUCUCACGAAAUAGAUCUUGAAGCUCACCAUUACGUUAAAUUAUUCCAGAAGAACAAGCAGCCAUUACAAAGUCAGGUGUUCAGAAUAGCCCAGGAGAUCACUUCAUUGUCCACUUCACUGCCACUCACCCUGUCAUCAUCAAUAUUUGUCAGAACAGAUGACGAAAAACUGCCACUAAUGAGAGCACUUAUCACAGGACCAGAAGGUACUCCUUAUUCAGGUGGAUGCUUUCACUUUGACAUCUUCUUCCCUAACAACUACCCGAACUCCCCACCACAGGUCAACUUGCAGACAACUGGAGGAGGAACUGUGAGAUUUAAUCCUAAUUUAUAUGGUUGUGGCAAGGUUUGUCUUUCGUUGCUGGGUACCUGGGAAGGACAGAAAGGAGAGCAGUGGAAUGCCAAGGCGUCCACCAUACUACAGGUCCUUGUGUCCAUCCAGUCUCUUAUACUUGUACCUGACCCGUACUUUAACGAGCCCGGAUUUGAGCAGGAGAUAGGAACGGCUGCCGGAAAACUGCACAGUGAGGACUACAAUGCAGAUGUGAGAAUUAACAACAUUCGCUAUGCUAUGAUUGGUCAGCUGCACAACCCUACCCCUGGGUUUGAGGAGGUCAUUAAGACUCACUUCUACCUGAAGAGAGAACGCAUCAUCAAGGAAGCUGAAGGCUGGCUGAAGAAUUGCAAAAAGCACUACAGUAAAUUGGAGAGAGCCAUUGAGACGCUGAAACAGGAGCUCAGUAAACUGGAAGCUCCGCCCAAUGUGACCAACCUGUCCUCAAAUUCUGAGGAUUCCAUGAUGUAAUGCAUCCUCAGGCAUUGCUCUCCUCACAGACCAUCUACAUUGUAUGUGACACAAUAACGCAUCCUCAUACAGGCUUUGCUCGGCUGUUUGUUAUAAAAUGCCUGGUAGUGUACAUGUAUAUGUGCUUGCUCAAUGCUGGGGUCAAAGGUGGUUUAGAAGCAAACUAAUAGAAAGCCAUUAGCUUGCCCUUGAUUUGUCUGUGGUGUGUCAGUGGAAUGCUUGUGGAACUUAGGCUAGGUGAAUGGUACUGGAAGAAGCAUGCUUGUAGCAGUUCUCUAACAUAUAAUGAUGCUGUAUAAAAUGCAGAGCAUACAUAAGUUUUUCUUGCUUACUGUGGAGGUUGAUGCCAAGCUGAACUUCUCAGGUGUAAAUAUUUCAUUGUGGAUACAUGUCGAGGAUUCGGAAAAACUACAUUUUUGUUUUCCAAAAUGCUGUAGCAUAAUGUUUCCAAACCUGUGUUGUGUUAUUUGCUUUGUUCAGAUGUGAUGCCGUAUUUUAUAUCAUAUUGUUGAUAGCCCAACAUUGUAAUUGUGUACAGGUGUAUAACAGGUGUAUUUCCCUAGCGACAAAGUGCUCAUUGUUAACUGUUUAUGAACAUGUUGUUAAAGGCCAUGGGCCCAGUUUCAUGAAGAUCUCUUAACAUUACGAGCUCACAACUACCGUGACGACAUAAUGCUUACAGUACUGGUUGCCAUGGUAGUUAAGUGAAAGUAAUUUUAAGAGUGCAUUGUGAAACCGGGCCCUGGUGAAUAUAUGUGAUGAUGACGUGUUUUUGUUAAUGUUGGAAUGUUCUCAUCCAGGUGUUUAUGUGUAUAUAAUAUAUGUUUCUGUAUACACAUAAUACACCUAUCUACAGGUUUGUUAUUAAGGUGCGACUGAAAAAUAAUUAAAAGUCAUGGUAUCCACAAAUAGAUGUUAUUUUCCAACAUAGUCUGAGAAAGAACUUGAUGUCUGAACACAUAGCACAAGUAUAUAUAAAGUUUUAAA